AUGGCGUCCAGUAACACUGGUCAGGCUCAGCAGAACCAGGAUCCUGAACACAUUAUCAAGCUAAAACAGCUUAUACAUUUCCUUGAAACCACUCUUAUGACGCUAAUGCAUCAAGCUGAUGCAGCUCUGCAGCAAAAUAUGGAUUCAGUUAGUUCUGGAAAAACAGCUGAUGAGAAUCCUCACAAACUGGAAAGUUCCUUUGAGGAUUUCAUGAAUAUGUGUGACCAACUGGAAGAUCUUUUGGAGACAAUGAAAGCAACUGAAAGACAAACAGUUCUGAGUAUGAAAUAUACUCCAAGAUCAGUAACAAAUACCAAGAUGGAUGCAAACCAAGACACACAGUCAUACUCAGAAUACCUUAGUUUGGUCAAAAAUCAAAUUACUUUAUCUAACGAUCUCCAGGAAUUGUUAUCUGAUUUUGUCAAAUCUAAGCUUACUUGACAAUUAUGAUCCCAAUACUACAUUUUAUAGAGAUUUAUGAAUAAUCCUAAUAGUGGUUUUCAAUAUUAAUGGAGAACAGAUUGAGAAUUUUGAGUAGUGAGGCUCACCUCAAAACAAUAGUCAAAUUUUAUACUUUAGGCGAUACUAUUUCACUCAUUUAGAUAUCAUACCUUGGUAGGAAAGAAGGUAUGGAUGCCUCUGAAUGUACCCUAGAUCUGCUCCUGAAUAGAAUAUAUUGCAGUUAAUAGGGCAAUUUUUUUAUUUUGUUUGAUAAUGGCACAGGUAAAAUAAAAUGAGUUUUCUGUCAAGAGCUAUGUCACCACUGCCCAUUGCUAUAUGCUGUUCGAGACAAAAGCUGUGACUCGUAAAUCAGGGCCAUAACCAAGGGGAGUGUUUUGGGUGCUCACGCACCCCCCCUCACCCCAGUACAAGCUGUAAGUUUGCUCAACAUUCAUUAUUGGAUCUUUUUUUUUUGCUCCUGGAAAUGACUGGAAUUUCAUAGCACUUUUAAAAUGGUUGUUAGUUUAGACAUUCCCAUUUCCAUUUGAUGAGUGCGCCCCACCCCGCAAAACCCCAACUGACUACUGUCAAACAAAUAAACUGAGAGUAUGUAAAGGUACAUGGAAAACUACUCUAAUGAUCUAUUUGAUUGACAGUUAUGUAUUGCCGAUUUAUCUGUUGCGACAUUUU